AAGGUGUGGUCUGGACGAACGAGGCUGCAUCCUUUGUUAAACCGUGCAGUUUAAUAUUGUAUACUAAACUGUAAAGAAGCCUCGUGUGGUUGAUAUAGAUGUUAUGAACUUCCUUCACAUUUAUCACAAAAGUGUACUUGUUCAAGGGAUGCGUUUCCAUUUUUUUGUUUAUUCCCACCUGUAGCAGAAUAUAUGUCCAGUCAACUCAAAGGAAUUCAACGAAAGCUGCGAUCCUGUCAAACUCGGAAACUUGGAUUUAACUCCGACUGAAGUUUAUGUGGAAGAGGAGCAGAAAUCGAGCAGUUAAUGAUCGAGACUUGACUUGAUGAGAGGAAAAACCGCGAGACGCGAGCGCUUCCUCUCACCAUGACCAUGGACACCAUGCGCUCCUCGCCGUGUGCGUAAACUGCCGUGGAGGAUCCACACAUUAUGAGACGCCAUGGCAUGGUGUGACCGAGGGGUUCAGACUUUGCUGGCCAUUGUGGGGGCCUUCGCCGCCUUCAGUCUCAUGACCAUCGCCAUUGGCACCGACUACUGGCUUUACUCCCGGGCGUACAUCUGCAACACCACGAAUUCCACGGAUGACUCCCAGGUGCAAACCAAGAAAGUCAAAGGCGACCUGACGCACUCCGGGCUGUGGAGGAUCUGCUGUAUCGAAGGUAUCAACAAAGGAAGCUGUUUUCGGAUCAAUCAUUUUCCAGGGGAUAACGACUACGAUACAGACAGCUCCGAGUACAUCUUACGUAUAGUGCGUGCAUCAAGCCUAUUCCCCAUUCUCAGCAACGCUCUGCUGAUGUUGGGUGGCCUGUGUGUCGGGGUUGGACGCAUCUACAACAACAAGAACAUCAUCCUGCUCAGUGCUGGCAUCCUGUUUGUGGCUGCAGGCCUGAGCAACAUCAUCGGCAUCAUCGUCUACAUCUCUAGCAACGCCGGAGAUCCCAGUGACAAGAAAGACGAGGACAAGAAGAACCACUACAACUACGGCUGGUCCUUUUACUUUGGGGCCCUCUCCUUCAUCGUGGCCGAAUCAGUGGGUGUUCUCGUGGUCAACAUAUACAUCGAGAAAAACAAAGAGACACGUUUCCGAGCCCGACGCGAUUUCAUCAAAACCACCUCCUCUUCUUCGCCAUACUCUCGCAUUCCAAGUUACCGCUACCGCCGAAGGCGUUCGCGCUCCAGUUCGAGUGACCCGUCCCGCGACACCUCUCCAGUGGGGAUGAAGAUCGGUGGAGGAAGUGGUGGAGGAGGAGGUUUAGGGAUGGGUUUGCCAAUGGGGGAUAUAUCCCUGUACGCCCUCAGUAGAGACACCCUGAAGGGCGCGACUGCAGGGCCCUACAGUCCAGAGAGGGACUCAGGGUUUUUACAAGUCCACAACUGCUUCCAGAAAGAUCAGAAAGAUGGAGGGAACAGAAGGACCACGCCGGUAUGAGGUCUGGAGUGUAUUGCUGUGUAAAACAAUCAUUUUAAUGGAACACAUUAGAUAUUGUACAGCUGAUGAGAAGGACAAUUGCUCCCCGGGGCUGUUCAGGCAGCAGCAGUGUUGAAAGGUCAGAGCUCAAAAUAGUUUUUCCUACUGUGACAGAAAAUUGCCAAUCUGUGUUUCAUUUGGAGGAAGAGGAAAGGUGAUAUCAAAACGACUUUUUACGACACCAAUCGGUAUCUGAAAAGUGGAUGCCGACAUUUUGUAGCAACAUUUGAACAGCUGAAAUCUAAAAUGUGAUACCCACUAUUUGUGAGCGACUUCUGCUCUUACAGAAAGGCUGAAAAAUGUCGUACUUCUGUCCUUCUUUAAAGAAGGAUUGCCUCAUAAAAGAAUAAGGCCGUGGUCAGACAUGUGCAAAAUUAGCAUUUGCCUUCUGUUCACUUCUAUUCUACGUGAGCGAAGGCGCAAAAAAAACAUUUGCUUCCGGUGUUUGCGUUAUGUUUAACUUUGGUGAACUUUCAGGCGAAUAUCACCUUGCCUACCUUGCGCAUGUGUGACCGUGCCCAUAAGCUUUUAUAGACUUGAUGCUCAAUAUAAUAUUGUUUCUGAAUAUUGAAAUUCAGAUGUUUUUCUGCAAAAAUACCUGUACAGUGUUUUGGAAAUGGACUAUUCUAAAUAGUUUGCUAAAAUGAAGUGAUUCAUGUGAUUGUUUGAGUAUUAUUGUAUUAUGUUUGUUUGUAACUUAACACAACUGGUGCUAACUUAAUCUGUACACCUUUGUUAGCCUUCUCAACUGCCAUUUAAAUACUGUAUCUCAAUAGCCUCUUAAGCUUGUGUGAGUCAGGUGAUAAAUGUGUGUGUGUGUGUUAUGGCUGAGACACUGCCACACUAUGAUACCGAUUUCUGUAGAUAUAUAUCAACAAAAAUGACAAAGCACACAGUAUAAUGUCAGUACAUUUCAGUAUGAUGUGUGAUGUAUUAGUGCAAACAUUAUUUGUACAGACUGUAGUUUUCUCUCCAUUCGCUCAGGGACGAUGUAUGGAACUAAUUAAUUUUACUCUUGAGAUGUAGAGCUUAUCACGUGACCGAAAAAAAGGUUGUUUUGAUUUUCCAUACCUUAAAAACAGAGAUCACGCUGUAUGUGUUGCUGUUAAUUAACAUGACAAUUGUUUCUGCAAUUACUGCCAUGUGCCAUGUUUUUAGACAAUGCAUAACUCUUUAAAAGUAAUUUAAAGUAUACUCUUACUGCCCCCUAUCAAUAAGGAUUGUUUGGUAAAAUUCUAACUUUUAAGGAAUUGUUAACAAGAAACUAUUUUGUGUCAUGUGACUUCCUGAGUUUGACACUAUUAAUGCAUGAUAAAUGUUGGAAAAAUAGUAAUUAUGGCAAUGGAUAACUACAUUUGUAUGCAGAUCCUGUUCCCAUUCUCUUGAUUAGUUCAGUUGUUAAUGCAAAAGCCUAAAAAAGGGGUAUUAUUUUUAGUACGUAAACAAGAAGACACUAACAAUACAGUACAACAUAAACAUGAGACGAAAAAUGAAUUGUGUGACAUGACAGCAACGAAAAACGAGGGGGAACAGGACCGACAACACCAUCUUUACAAGCAACAAGCACAUUGUCUUGUAUUUUUAGAUUUUGUUUGUAAGUUUUUUGUGUAGUGGAGUGCCCUAUUAACAGAUUCAGCCAGUGUUUGAUGCAUGAUUUAGUUUGAUUAAAGCCGUGUGUGGAGCCAGAAGGCAAGAAAGUUAUCUUCUGCUGCAUGUGAGCAGUAGGGGCAUUUGCUAUCAACAGAGAUUCCCACAUGGAAGAGUUUGUGGUUGCAUGAGCUCUACGAAAGACUUUUAUUGUAUUAAUUAUGUUUUAAAAUGGCAAGUCUCACAAAAUGUGUUGAUGCAUAUACUGUUUAAAUUGAAACCAGAUCAGAUCGUGUUUAGUAAGAUCGGAUAUCCAUGUAACCAUCGGUGCUGAAAAAUAUAUUGAGAGAUUAUGGAAUUAAUCUUCUCCUUAGAUUCUUUCAGCUGGUCGAAAGUCACGGACAGGCCAGUCAGUCAAGACUGUUUAAAUUCAGUCAAAUACUUACUUACCUAAGCAGAGAAUUCUUCAAAACUCAAUUAAGUAAUUACAGGUAACUUCACUUUGAGACUUGCUUGUGGUUUAAUGCAACAUACGAAUUGAGAAUUGGUCUCCUGCGUUUAUUUUUUCUUUAUAGAGAAAGUAUUUUAGCUAAUGAUGCAGGGCUGAUGGGCCUGCUAUGAAACUAUGUGGCAGACAGUCAGACAACAACAGGGUGUUAAACGAAAUCGGCAUUGGCCAACUUAAUGCUUGAUUGAACUAACAGGCUCGCAAAUGCUCAUCCAGACUUUAAAAAAGUCUCCUUGUCUCCAAACAAUAGCUUGAGCAAAGUGAGUGGCAUAUAUAUGUGUGUGUGUGUGUGUGUGUGUGUGUGUGUGUGUGUGUGUGUGUGCGUGAAUAAUUAGUUCAAAUGACUCAUUCUUUGUAUAGUUCACGCUCGACUGGGUUCUAUUUCGGCUUCAUGGCUUAUUUCCCAAGUGGAAUAUUUUCAGAAGCAGUUGGAAUUAAUUUAACUUUGUUGAUGAUUAGUGAAUCAAUAUCACGCCGGUUACCAUAUUUAAACAUACAGCGCCAUGAGAGGGCGUCUAGUCACAGAUAUAGUUGUCAUUCAAGUCACUGAUGUGGGAAGCCUUAACUUAGAAUAGGCUUAUGUUUCACUCUGCAUGUGAUGUAUGUUUGUUAUGCCAGGCUGGUCUGAUGACCUUGUUUCCCAUUCCAGCCCUUAAUUUGAGCAUGUCUUCUCCACCGCUCUCCUCUGUCCAU